AUGACAGACGAAGCUAGGAAGGAUCGUGGUGGAAAUAUCCACGAGAAGUCUUCCAACGAGACGGAAAUCAGUGUUUCUACGGAAAAGCAAUCCUUGGAGGUUCGUAAUGGGCUAUUCCAGAGGUUUGUGGAUUCAUUCAAGAGAGCGGAGGAUGAUGAUGAUGGGGAAAUAAAUCUAGAUGUCUUGGAAAGUUGCGAUGAAAGGCGGGCUCGUAUGCACCAUCAUGACGCAGCAGACGUUGUUCUAAGUAACGUCACCAGCAAUCCUAAUCACAAGGGUCCUGUUAUCGCAUCUUCGAAGCUUAAAUCGACCAUUCAGCCCAGACACACGAUUAUGAUGUCGUUGGGUACUGGUAUUGGUACCGGUUUAUUGGUUGCCAACGGUAAAUCUUUAUACUUUGGUGGUCCAGGUGGUUUGCUAAUUGGUUAUGUUCUGGUUUCCAUCAUCAGUUAUAUUAUGAUGCAAGCAGUUGGUGAACUAGCACUUGCAUACCCAAAGUUACCUGGUAACUUUAACGCAUACCAGGCCAUUUUCAUUUCUCCAGCUUGGGGUUUCGCUACUGUCUAUCUAAGUUUGCUCCAAUGGCUCACGGUUUUACCUUUGGAAUUGAUCACGGGUACAUUAAUUGUUCAAUACUGGAACGAUAAGAUUAAUCCCGAUGUGUUUGUUGUUAUCUUCUUUGUUUUCUUGCUAGCUGUACACUAUUAUGGUUCCGGUAGGUGUUACGCUGAAUUCGAAUUCAUAUUCAAUUCGUGCAAGGUUCUGAUGAUCAUUGGUUUUGUCAUUUUGGGUAUCAUCAUUAAUUGUGGUGGUGCGGGUAAGGAUGGCUACAUCGGUGGUAAGUACUGGAAGAAGCCCGGUUCAUUUGCCGAAGGUAGUGCCGGUAGCCAGUUCAAGGGUGUUUGUUACACAUUAAUUACUGGUUUCUUCUCCUACGGUGGUCAAGAACUAUUUGCCUUGACCGUGAACGAGUCUGUUAAUCCAAGAAAGGCCAUCCCAAGUGCCACGAAGAAGUCAAUCUACAGAAUCUUGUUUAUCUAUCUUCUAACAAUGAUUCUCAUCGGUUUCUUGGUGCCAAGAGACAGUGACGAGCUAAUGGGUGCUGGUGGUUCAGCUACCCAUGCCUCCCCAUAUGUUAUUGCUAUCUCUUCCCACGGUGUCAAGAUUGUUCCACAUAUUGUGAACGCCGUCAUUUUGAUUUCCGUUAUUUCUGUGGGUAACACUGCCCUUUACACUGGUCCAAGAUUGCUAAAUUCCUUGGCUGAACAAAACAUGGCUCCAAAGAUCUUGAAUUAUGUUGACAGAAGAGGUAGACCUUUAGUUGCUUUAGUCAUAUGUUCUGUAUUUGGUGUCAUUGCAUUCGCUGCUGCAUCCAAGAACGAAGAACAAGUGUUCACAUGGUUAGCUGCCAUUGCCGGUUUGGCUGAGUUGUUCACAUGGACUGGUAUUUGUCUAUCCCAUUAUAGAUUCAGACGUGCUUGUAAGGUCCAAAACAGACCUAUUGACGAUUUAGGUUACGUUUCAACAACUGGUGAAUGGGGUUCUCUAUACGCUGUCUUCUUCAACAUAUUAGUCUUCAUUGCCCAAUUUUGGGUCGCCCUUUUCCCAAUGGACAACAAAGGAAAGGCUGAUGCAGAAGCAUUCUUCGAAUCAUACUUAGCUGCUCCAAUAUGGAUUGUCCUCUACUUUGGAUAUAUGCUCUACACCAAAGACUUCACCUUCUUAGUCCCACUAAAAGAAAUAGAUUUAGACUCUUAUAGAAAGAGGUACGACCCAGAAAUCCUAAGGCAGGAAGACUUAGAACACAAGGAAAAAGUAAGGAGUAAAGGAUGGUGGUACAAACUCUACGACAUUUGGUGUUAA